AUGGCGUGGCUCGGUCUCUCCCGCCCCAGCUGUCAGCAGCCGGGGUUUCCCUCCGCCCAGCCCUCCCCGCCCUCCAUCCCACGGCACCGCGCUCCCACUCGCAGCCGGCGGAGCUGCGCGGCCCCAGCCAUGGCAGCCGGCAGGUCCCGCUGGCGCAGCUACCUGGGGGUGAUUGUGUCCCGCCAGGGGCAGCGGGUGCAGCACUUCCAGCAGGCGGAGGACAUCCUGCUGACCCUCCUGGAGCACGUCCACGGCGCGGAGCCCCGCUUCCUCGUGGACUACUGCAGGAACCUGGAAGCCUUCGAGUUCACGCUCCGCGCCUCCGAGGAUGCUGUCACGGUGGAGGUGCCCCUGCGCCUCGACGGCGAUGCGCUGCGGGUACGGCCGUGCCAGCCCGGGGAUCUGGGCACUUGCCACCUGGAAGUGCCCUCUGUGGUGACCGGUGUGGAGGACUGGACCAGCGCGGGUGAGAUGGAGCGGGGAGGUGGCACAGUGCGGCACCUGGCACCGGGCAAAGUCCUCCAGCACCUGAAAGAGCUCCUUGUUUCGGCCAUCGUGCACUGUCAGCGCCGCUUCCUUUUCCAGCCAGGUGACCUCAGCGCCGAAAACCUGAAGGAAGAUGCCAUGGAGCUGUCUCUGUUGGUCCGCGGUGGCUGGAAGACCGUCCGCUUCGACAUCGUCCCCGUGGUGAAGAGGCAGCAGGAGCCACUCAGGCUGGAGGGGCGGCAGCGUGACAGGGGCUUCCCCGAGGGCAGCCUCCAGAAGGCCACGGCAGAGGCUCACUUCAUCCCAGCCUCUCCCCACUGCUGGAGAUCCUCGGCUCACCUCCCCGUCCUGAAGCUGCUCUGGGCAGUGGACACCUUGCAGGGGCCCCGGCUGGACAGCCUGCGCCUGCUGGAGCAGCUCAGCAGCCAGGACUGGAGGGAGGAGGAUGGGAGAGCCGGCCUCUCCUUCGACCACCUGAAGAUGGUGCUGCUGUGGAGCACGGAGCUGUUUCCCUCGCCGGAGGACUGGCAGGACCUGGAGGGCUCUGUCUACAGGCUGCUGGUGGUCCUCCUGCGCUGCCUGGCCACCCGGCGCCUACCCCACUUCCUGCGCCCAGAGGAGAACCUCUUCCACGGGGAGCCCCUGGACCUCGCCUCGCUCUACCCGAAGGUGGAGGCCUUCGCCCAGGACCCCCCGCGCUUCCUUCGCUUCCACUUUGGCCUCCCCGUGAGCUCCAAGGGCUUGCAGGCAGACCCUGAGGUCAGAGCCCUCCUGCGGCUCCCUGCCGAGGACGGGGCGUACUGGGACACAGCCUAUUUUGACAUCCUGCUCAGCCAGCUGCAGGUCUACCGGAUCCAGGACGACGCGCGCCGCUCGGCUAUGUCCCAGCUCCUCGCCAAGGUACAGAGAGAAAUCCCCACGAGGAGCUGA